AUGUACGUAAUGAGCAAUGUGCUUGGAUUUCCAUAUUCAUUUGCACACUGAAUCUCCACACUCACCAAGCCUGUGUAAAAAUGCAUCAUUUUCCAGGGGAGAGAGUGUUGUUUCCCAUACAUUUGGAAAAAGGAGGAAGUAUUUUAAUGUGACCUUCAUUACGCAUUCGUGACAACUUUUCUUAUUUAUUUAUGAUUAAAAAUGUUUCCACUCCUGUUGUUCAAUUAGUGCUUGACCCCUUUAGCGGCGAUGUAAAUUAAAUGACAUUUCGGUGUCGUCCCAUAUUUAAAAUACUGCGUUAGUUGCGGAUCAUAAAUGAUGAUCUUCAUUCUGCAGCUAAUUUAUUCAUUUAACAAUUUCCCUCCAGAAGUUACAGCAGAAGGCUCUGCAGCAACCUAAGCAGAAGAAAUCCAAGUCGGCUGAAUCUCUGAUGGGUGAGCCCUGCUUGAUGAGUUAUUGCUCAUAAUUUGUGUAAGGAUUAAUUAACUAAUUACAGACAAAUGGCUUUGGGCUAAAUUUUGCUCUUGCUUGUCAGGGCGCAAUUUGUAAUUAUUUUAAUCAUUUCUUUUUCUUCUCCCCCCCCCCACCUCCCCCCUGCAAGAUUCUGAUUUAAUUUUAACCUAAUUGUGUUUUAGUGACAUUCGAGGAGGAUGCACAUGAGUAUUUUGGGGGAGAGGAAUCACUAGAAGGAAUGUUCUGCUGCCAUUAAAUGUACUUUGGUAAAAUGCGCCGCUUCUGACCUUGCUGUUGUGGUGUUUUUUCUUCUCUUUUUGCAGGCGGAAUGGAGGAGAGCGCUGUAGUGGAAGGCAUUGAAAACCCUACCUUCGAUGGCGGCUACAGCACAGCGCUUUCAGCUUCGCGGGCUUCAGCAGGGAGAGAAAUUCGACGUGACAGGCAAGAUAGCACCCUUGCAGCUCACCAACAAAAAAUGGAGCUGCGAGCCCCUGCCAAAUCAAGAGGUGAAGCUUCAUUCUUCAUUAGCCUCAAACUCGUUGACAGUGGAUUUGUGGAUUUGUUUCUGAUCUAACCUUUUGGGUUUCUGAGGGCCUGGUCCUCACAUUCCAAAGCUAGCGUGUCCUAACAAGAGCCCCUCAUAUAAAUUCCACCUAACCGAAGAAUGUCACAAGAGUGGGGGUUCCAGAACACCCUGACGGAAUCAGCCUCUCGACUCCCACUCUAACAGUAUUCUACCUUCUGGAGGGCUGGAGUCAUCGGAGAGAGCAUUUACUUAGCCUACCCCUACCAGCAUAUACACACUGUCUUUAUAGUGUACGCCCCUGAAACAGAGCUGAUGGCCCAUCAUGCAGAAAAAUAUGCCCCGUUGUAAUUUACUAUGUUCAGUGAGACUCUUGGAGCAAUAUGAUGUUACACACGCUGUGAUGCGUUCAAACAUAAAUAAAUGAAAAUGGUAGUUUGGUCUUGAUAGGUCACACAAGUCAGGUAUUUUGAAUUAAGAGAUGUUUUUAUUUAUUUAAUUAAUAAUCUAGUAAUUAAUUGAAGCUUAAUUUUAGUGGAGAGAAGCUUCCAACAUUGGGCCAUCAUUCAAACACACACACACACUUUUUCUGGAGCUGUUGAGAAUAACCCUUGGUUACUUUUGUCAUGGUUGUGUCUGUUCCAUGACAAAGUUAAGGGAUCAUUCUAAAAGAUUUUCAAAAGAUAAUACUGCCAGUUGGAGUGAGACACAGAGAGAAAGAAACUGUUGGGGUUUAAAUCACGAACACGGAUGCAUAGACACAUCAUAACACAUGAUCGUAAGCAGUGAGGUUCUCUUGGUAUCUUUCUGAGUUCCCAUGUACCCAAUUUGUGUAACCCAUGGUCACAGUAAACUCAUUAGUCUAUUUUAUACUGAAGAAAAGUGGAUUUUCCUUAGAUCUGGUGUAUUACAGUAGUUUUGAUUAGUGGCAUUUUAUUGUGGGGAGCAAACCUCAUUCAAGUCUAGUCCAUUUUGCCCCCACCCAGUGCUGGGUAGAGUAGCACAUUAGACGACAGUGGUGCUACUGAGCUGAUCCAUCUGAUACAGUAGACAUUGUGUCACCCAUCGGCACGCCAGGCAGGGAGCAGGGAGCAGGGCUUUGAUGAAUCCCAGGGAAGUCUUCUCUCAUCAGAGAUUAAAUCGAUAGCAUCUGCCCCCCACGUCUCUGAAUUGUCAGGGAGAUAUCUUAUGACUUGCACUUAUUUAAAAAAAGAAAGAAAGAAAGAAAGAGGAGAAACUGUAAUAUUCUGAGACGAGGAGGCCGCCUGUGUGAAAUCAAUCAUUCAUGGGAAACUUUCUCAUUGGAUGUGGAUGGUGUGUGUGCCGUUGUGUGUGCGUGUGUGCAAAUGCCCCCGAGACUUUCAAUGUGUGUCAAAGUUAACACUGAAAAAAUACCUUAUAGUUGAAGGAGCGCUAAAUGAAAGAGUAGUGUCUCAUCAGUUAUGGAUCAAGGCUUCUUUAGAAAUGCUACAUCUUAUACGUAGGGCUAAUAAAAUAUGUGUAUUACUGAGAUAAAACAUUUACUUCUACAGAAGUGUAUCGUGAGCAAUGCUACAAUUGUCAUUGAUUUUGUUUGAUAUUUAUGUCACCCCCCCCCCCAGUAAAUUUAACAUUACAUCUAGAAUACUAUCCUAUGUAUUAGAUAUAAUUUAGAGGUCUGAAUUUUCAUUACAAAUUGAAAUAGAGCAGCCAAACAUAUGUGGUCUUAUUUCUCCAUCAGGCACUGCAGUUAUUUUCAUAUUCAAAAAAGGCAUAUAUUAAAUCCCAUUGCUAGUGCACUGACACGCAUAGCAACAGUCUGUAGAGCCUGUACCUCUAUAUAAUAGAUGCAAGCGGCAGCUCUUUCAUGUUUGUGACACUUCUAUUUGGUUAUCCUCAAUAUCUUUCAUCAAAACUGCCUGUUAACAGUAGCGUUGGAUGGAGAGAAGUAGUGUGGGUUAUUGAUAGCUUGCAUGUAAGAACAGGGAAUUGCUAUUUUUAUUAGAGGCGAAGAACUGGAGGACAGCCAGACUAUUUAGGUAAAUCAAAGAUAUGAUUCAAAGACAAGAUCUUUGAGAGCUGCCGCCAUUAUGUAAAUUUAGAUUGAAAAAAGGCUUUCAUAACCUCGAAGCUAUUGCGGCAAAAUUGUUAAAACUGUGUUUACGACGUAAAGGGACUUACUUGUGAAUUUUACAGUUAAUUUAUGGUGUCACUAAAAUUCAUAAGUGCAGCAAUGAAUAUACAGGACUCCAGCCUAAUAAGUGUCUCUAUCUGACAAUUUGUAACUGGCGUUCAACAGUGAGGAAGGUAUGUAGAAAAGCUUGUACAAUAUUUGACAUAAACACAAAUAGAAGCCUACAGAAUUCUUGGUGGGUGGGUAGUGGCAGAGUAGAGGUCCUAUGCAAACACACUUACUCCACAUUUGUAUGCGUCCCAGCGUUGAUCCUCUCCCUCUAAUAUAAAUGUGAUCCUUGUGUGAAAAACAUUUUUUACGCACACCUCUUCAUUUAGCCCGACCGAGUAAUACAAGUAAAGCAAUUUAGAUUGGGGAUAUAGUCUGUGAAAUAUUCAAGCCAGGAGAAUGAUUUCAGGUUAAGAAAGCAACUCUGUGGGGUGUACCUGUUUUAAUAGAAACACCCCUUGAGGUGCUGGAUUCCCAUAAAUUCUAGCAGAGCAGCUUUGAUGCCCAUAGGUCAGCGAUUGCUAAUAAGAAGUCAAUGGGACACGGGUUAAGUUAUUUUCCUUCUCUGCCUUCUCUCGGCCCAAGCCGACCGGGUUCUCCCAACCGUCGACCCCAGAGCAUUUAGAGGGGUAUUGUCUUUGAAAUUCCAGGUACUUUUCACUUGUACAUUUUCUCAUUAGUUCCUUUUGAACACAAGUAACAUAUGGCAAUCGUAUUUAAGAGAUUGCCUGGCGUGACCUUUCGCGGCAUGCUAAUUAGGCCCCAGAGCUCCUCUGGGCCCCGGCGAGCCGCGCUCAUGUGAACGGACUGACCGGCCAGGGCUUAUCAGGUAGCAGACGCUGGCUCUCUGGCCAGCCUCAACAGUGUGGCUUUCAAAAUUAACAUUUCGCUUCAUAUGUUUCUAAUAAACACUGACCUCCACCAACCUGCCCCUCCACCACUCCCAACUUCCUCCUCCUCUCUCACUCUCUCUCGCUCUUCUGGCGUAGUUUCCACAGGAAAUGAGCGUGCCCGAAAUUACUUUGACCCAGCGCUGGUGCAGGAAACCAACCCAAGGCGGUGCGGGAUGGCGGAGGUCGGCACAGAAGAUGAGCUGGAAUUAAGUAUGCCAUUUCUCGUCAUAAUAGUUCUCCUCAGUUCAUUAAAGUGA